UCUUUCCCUCAAGACCCCUAUAAAAACCAUCUCUCACUACCCCAAUGAACCAACCAACACACACACAUACAAUAUCGUAAGAGAGAUAUGGCAAUGUACUUCAAUACUAACAUCUUGCUCUUGGCUUUCUUCGCCAUUGCUGGGAUUCUGUUCUCCGGUAACAACAACAACAACAUGGUUGUUGGCGACGACUGCCAAGGUGACAUGCAGGGUUUGGUAGCUCAAUGUGCUAUGUACGUUCAAAAGGGUAUGCCAAAGAUGAACCCAUCUCAACAAUGCUGCAGUGUUAUCCAGAAGGCGGACAUGCCAUGCGUGUGCCAGCACAUGACCGCGGAUGUUGAGAAGAUGAUUGACAUGGACAAAGUGAUCUUUGUAGCACAGUACUGUGGCAGGCCAGUGGCCCCUGGAACCACCUGUGGAAGUUACACUGUUCCAUCACCACCAACAAUAGCAUGAAGUUAAAUAAAGUGACUGCAUGCAAAUUUAAGAGCUAUGACUUAUGUAAUGUCAGAGAAGAAAAAAUGACAUAAAUUUGGAAAUCAUAUGCUUCUAUGUUUUAUUACUAAAAAUAUCUAUCAUUACUUGUGUGAAUUUAAGUUU